UCUAAUAUAGAAGUACAGUCACAUGAAAAAUGCCGAGAAGACCACACAAGUCCAUUACACCAAGGAUCCACUGUGGUGGAUCGGGAUUCUGCUGAUGGUGGUGGGGGAGAUUGGGAAUUUCUCAGCAUAUGGAUUUUCACCCGCAUCACUCGUAGCUCCCUUAGGAACAACAACAGUUGUGGCUAAUAUGUUCUUGGCAGCCUUGUUUUUAAAAGAGAAAAUAAAAGCUGAGCAUUUGUUUGGGUCUGCUUUAGCUGUUAUUGGAGCUUUCCUGCUGAUUGCCUUCUCAGCUAAAAAUGAGAAAGUUUUAAAUGGAGAUGAAAUAAACGAAGCUCUCACUCAGCUGUCUUUUAUCAUAUACAUAUGUGUUGAACUCGUAAUUCUAGGAAUAUUGUUCUUCCUUCUCUACUUCAAGGAAAUGAAGAAAGUGAUCAUUUAUUUACUCAUUUCUUCAAUUGUUGCCUCAUUCACUGUUAUAGCAGCAAAAGCAGUGUCCAGUAUGUUACAGAUAACCUUUGAUGGCUUUUCUCAGAUGUCCUACCCCAUUCUCUAUAUAAUGCUGAUUGUCAUGGUUGUCACUGCUAUUACACAGGUUAAGUUUCUAAAUGAAGCAAUGAAAGCCUUUGAUUCCACAGUGGUAGUGCCUACAAAUUUUGUCUUCUUUACAAUAAGUGCAAUAGUAGCUGGGAUAGCUUUCUACAAGGAAUUCUGGGGAAUGAAUGCCCUGGAGGUAUUCAUGUUUCUUAUAGGGUGCUUUUUAUCAUUCGUUGGUGUUUAUUUCAUCACGCUGGGGAAGAUGUCUGCUGCCAAUAAUUCAGAUGAAGUCUGUGAGCCUUCCUCCUCCACAGAAUACGUCCAACAGAUUUCUCCAGGCAUCUUUCCUUCAUGGCUUUUGGCAACAGUAAAUGUGGGUGAAGUUCAACCCAAAGGGGAAGUAACUCAUUUAUCUGACUCCGAUAGGGCACCUUUCUUUCAAUCCAAGACAGGCACAGACAGUUUUACAUCACAAGACACCAUCAGCAGUUCCACAAGCUCACCUGUUCACCCAGGAGGUGGUGCACAGGCUAAUUAUGGGGCCACAGGGCAAUGA